GCGCAUACUGAACGUUGGGAGUCCGAGCGAUAGCACACUAUGUAACGGCUGUCUUCUCAUUACUCUCAUGGAAAGCUUUCCCGUCGACAUGGUGACGUUCGCUGAACUGAAGGUGACAACACGUAGUUAUCUCACCGAAGUGUACGAGUUCAGUGUGCCCGCCUAUCAAAUCGACAGACUUUACGAGAUAUUCCUACGCUACAAGGACCAUUUUAUGGAUACGUAUUUCCUACCUACAGUACACCUGUUGAAGAAACUAAAGUUGAGGGGAGUUCCCUUGCAGUACAACCGGAAGUUGGUUGUUUUGCUUUCGGAGCCUCUUCAGAUAUUAUCUGACGGUGAUUUCUAUCUACAAGCUGGAGUGACGACUCCUGCAACUGUUUCUUUGAAAUAUCAGUGCAAUGGAAAACUUUAUCACACAACAGUGAAGGAGGAGGAUUAUGGGAGGCUUCUCAGUCGUGAAUGGUAUCAAGAGCUAUGCUCGAAGACGAACGGAAAAAACGUUUUUUUGCGAAUGGUGCUGAGGGAUACUGACGCAUAUGACUAUGUUUCAGUUGAUGAGAUUAGAGGCUUACGCGAAGUCACAACAACAUAUGCUGCUCCAAUGAUUAGAAGCCUCUCCAUGGAUAGUUCGUAUCGCAUCGGUAAAACUUCCAAUGCAAGAGAAUCUCAACGUCAUCGUUCCUCGACUGACUUGCGCUUGAACCUACCAGAUAUUCCACAAUUAUGUAGUCAACUGCGACCUCGUCAUGUGGAUGUCAUCUGCCCAAUGCUCAAUCAGCCAAAUGGUAAGAACUGGAGGUAUUUGGCCGACUUACUGUUAGAUUAUGGUCACAGUCAAGUCAGUGCCAUUGCUGGGAAAGAUAACCCUUGUCUAGAGGUUCUAGAAGAGUGGAUGAAGGAAAAAGGAGAUGCUGCCACUACAGACGGACUGUUUGAUGUCUUACAGCAAAUGCAACGGUGUGAUGUGAUUGACGCAUUGAAGAAGCCGCUUGCAAGGCAGUCGAGCCGUGAUUAUGAAGGUGUCAGUUCCUCAGCUAAUAAACAACCAGUGAAGCAAAUGUCUACAGAUCAUGAAGAUCGCUUUCCUAGUAUUGUAAAUUCAACAUCCGACAGAGAUCAUUUGCUACCUCAUAAAACUUCCACAAAUUCUUCUUCCCACGGCGGCCUCGGCCUUCCAUUCACAGAAACUAGAGCACAAGGACCAUUAACAGCUACGUCUCAUGGCAUGACAAAUAUGACCAUUUUUGGCGAUCCAUAUCCCGAAGUGUUUGCUCAUUUGACUGAGCAAGUAUCUACUGCUUCCACUAGUGCGACUGAUCCAGUUCAAGUCCAUGAAGUUAAAGAUGACGGUGCUGCACCACCGAAUAAAGAGGUCAAUGACCUUGCUGCUGCAAUUACAGCUGUAGAUACAGCUCCAGUUGAAACCAAACCGAACACAAGUACAGAAGGUCCAUACCCAAUGCUUACUAAAGAUCAAGUGCGGCAAGCUACUCGCACAGAGGCGGAAGAGGCCAAUCAUACAUGCAGGAAUUCUGCAACCACCACUGAUGUGACCGAUCCAGUUCAAGUCCAGGCAGUUGAAGAAGACAAGGCUGUCCCACCAAAUAUAGAAGUUAACGAGCUCGCUGCAAUUACAGCUGCAUAUACGGCUGGAAUUGAAGCAAAAGCGCAUGCCAGUAUGGAGAGUGCAUACCCAGUACUUAGUGAAGAUCAAGUGCAGCAAGCCACUUGCACAGAUGGACAACUGGCUAUUCCUACAUACCGAGACUCUGCAACUGCUAUCGAUGGGACUGAUCCACUUCAAAUUCAGGGAGUUGAAAACGACAAAGCUACUCCACUCACUAAAGAGGCAAACGAGCUCGCUGAAAUUGCAGAUGCACAUACAGCUCGAGUGUCACCAACUAAAGCAGAAAUUAACAAAAGUGCAAGUAGCGAAUACCCACUACUCAGUAGUAGUCAAGUGCAGCAAGUUACUAGCACAAAUGGACAUACAGCUGACUUUGCAAAUUCUCCUGAUGGGGACACAUGAUCACCUCAUGAACGGAUACGAUAUAUUUUAACAGUCAACGAGAGGUACAAAUCUACCCACUGGAGUAAACUAUGAUCACACUUAGUGAUCUGCCGUCUAAGUGAUGUAGUAGAUAGACAUAUGUCUGCUGCCUUUUCAUUUUUACAAUUUUUGGUGCCGAAAAUGUUUGAUCGCUUAAGAUUUUUAGCCAUCUGAUUAGUUUUUCAAGCAAGAGUUUCUCAAGUAGAUAGUUGGUGCUGUAAGGUGGUUGACAAGCAAUUGGAUGGAAUCAAGGCCGUGAUA